CCUUUCGAAGAUGCCUAGGGUUUAAUAUGCGUGUUUAUCAGAAGAAAGAGAGAGAGGAGAGGGAGAGAGGAGACAGGGGUGAUGACGACGAUCCGACGAUUUUGCUGCAACGACUUUCUUCGAUUCGCAUCCGUGAAUCUUGAUCACCUCACUGAAACUUUCAACAUGUCCUUUUAUAUGACCUAUCUAGCAAGAUGGCCGGACUAUUUUCAUGUCGCCGAAGCUCCUGGAAAUCGAAUUAUGGGAUACAUAAUGGGAAAAGUUGAAGGUCAAGGUGAGUCUUGGCAUGGUCAUGUAACUGCAGUGAGUGUUGCACCUGAAUAUCGUAGGCAGCAAUUGGCCAAGAAGCUGAUGAAUUUGCUUGAAGAAAUAAGUGACAAGAUUGACAAGGCUUACUUUGUGGACCUCUUUGUGAGAGCAUCAAACACACCGGCUAUACAAAUGUAUGAAAAGCUUGGUUAUGUAAUCUAUAGGCGGGUGCUACGUUAUUACUCGGGGGAGGAAGACGGUUUAGAUAUGAGGAAAGCAUUAUCGCAAGACGUGGAGAAGAAAUCUGUUAUCCCUCUCAAGAGGCCCAUUACUCCAGACGAAUUGGAGUAUGACUAGACGGGUUAUCUUUGAGCCACUCUCAUGGAAAAAGAAUUUUGAUGGGAGCACUGCGUGCUUGUCGCUUGCAAAGAUGGGAGAUUAUGGUUGCUGCAUAGUUGAGAAGUUAUGUCAUAGUCCGGGGUUGACAUUGCAAAUUGCUUUGUGGUGUUGGGAUUUUGGUUCAUCACACUACGUUUUGGCCUUAUUGUAUUCCACCACGUUUCGCAUUUGCCAUCAGUGAAUUUGAUCUUCGGGUCUUGGAUUAUGCAAUAAAGUAGUGCCUGCUUAAUGCUUCAAGAGCAUCAUCAUAAUGCCGUCGGUGUCCGGCUGUACAAAUCUUUAUGUGAAUUAAGUUGACAGAAUGAGUGGUUUUCAGUAUCUUGCCAUCCACGUUGAUAAGAUUAUAAUAUUUUUAGUGGAUUUGUACUAGCCGUGGAGCUACAUUAGACAUUGUAA